CGGCACGCCUCGUAGUCAGGUGAUCGGAGCCGGAAGAAUUCACGGCCGAACAGAUAGACUUCGGGGAAGCCUCCGGUUGCCGGGCGCCGCGAUGGCUGCGGAGCCUUGGUUGUUGUUGUACGAUUCUGCUUGCCAUAUUGCACAAGAGAUCGCUGAAAAAAUUCAAGAACGUAACAGAUACCAGAGGAAUGGUGAAAGUGCCACUAAGGUCAGUGUUGCAGUCAGGCCUUUAUUGCAAAAUCUUGAAGAAAAAACCAAUCGUUUGAAAGACCUGUUGUUUCACUCUGUAUCAACACGUCAGAUAACCCAUAUAGAAGCGGAAAGACGGCAAAUUUUAGUAGAUGAACUUUUCACAGCACACAGAAAACUCCAAGCAUCUUUCCAAAAUGAAAAUGCAGAACCUGAUGUAAUAAGGUCUAGCCUAAUGGCAGGUGGGGUCAGAAGAGAAAUAACAAAUCCAUGGCUUGUGGAGGAGCCUGAGGAAACGAGAGGGCUUGACUUCCAUGAUAUCCGGCAGCAACAACAGAGAAUUAUAGAAGAACAAGAUUCUGGUCUUGAGGCACUCUCUUCAAUCUUAUCUCGCCAAAAACAAAUGGGACAGGAAAUUGGAAAUGAAUUAGAGGAACAGAAUGAAAUCAUUGAUGAUCUUGCCAAUUUGGUAGAAAAUACUGAUGACAACCUACGCAGACAAACCAAAAAUGUCUUGAGGGUGGAGAAAAAGUCAACCUCCUGUGGGAUGAUGGUGGUGAUCGUAUUAUUGCUGAUUGCUAUUGUGGUUGUUGCUGUGUGGCCUACAAAGUAAUCAGAGAUUAUCUCAUUUUGCAACUAAGUGUUAAUAGUCAUCUAUAGCCAGAACAACCCCACUUUGUUGUUGGCACUGUCCAUGGACAUGGCUGUUCUCAUUCCACUACAAGAGACAGAUCUAUGUUUGAGCUGCAUAAAGGUUUUACAAAAUUCUGUAUAAAACUUUGUAUACUCAAGAACAUAAUUGGAAAAGAAAUGACACAUCUGAAUAAACUUCAAGGCACAAAUUGAAAUUAAUUUCAAAGAAAUACUUUGUCUAUAAAUGCUUCUAAUAGUACUAAGUGGAACUUUGUCUUAAUCUCUGCAGUGUCUAAUUAAAAUAUUAGUAUUUUCUUUCUAACAUUAAUUCCUUAUUGCUGAAAUAAAUGGUUCUUCCUGAGACAAUGUCAAAGAUUCAAGAGAAACUGCCAUUUUUGAAGAGUGAACAUCUUUCAAAUAAAUAAAAACUUCACAAAAUCUUUGACUUGAGUCAGAGGGCAAUUACUAUUGUAAAAUGGUAGCUAUCAGAUAUAUAUUUUGGAAAGAAAAGAUGAGGUUUCUGUCCAAAAAUGUAGAAUUAACAUAUUAUGUUAAAUGCCUGGGCUGCUUUUCUUUACUAAGGUACAUUAAUAGCAGGGAAAAAAUGAAAUUACUCUGAUACCCAGAGUUUCAAAAUGUGUUUUUUUCUAUAUGUGUUCUGAAAGUAAAUGAAAAUUAUUCUCUUAGCAGAAUUGGCAGGAAAAUGACUUUACAUCUCUCUGUAACUUGCCCUGAACACUCAAAAUCUAAAGUGAAGGAUUAGCAGAGCAUAUUUGGGAGAAUGAUGACUUCAACUGAAACAAAUCCUGUUGCAUCAACAUCUUUCUAUUUAUGCAACACUGGAUUAAACCCCAGUGUUAAUCCAUGUCCAGAUAUUGUUAUUUUUGCUUUAUAUAUAUAUUGACAGAGUGAUCAGCUUCCUUUUUACUGAAAAAUAAAAGGUCACUUUUCCACUGAA